AUGUCGGCCCCCAACAUGGCGGCGUGGUUCCAAUACCAGAUGAGCUCGCGAGGGCGGAAAUGUACAGGUGUUCUGGGCACGGGGAUGUAUGCUGGGCAGAACUGCCACCUGGCCGACAGGGAUCCCGCUGGCCGCGUUGUCCUCUACUGCCUGAUGUGUCGUGUGCCCUUCAUGUACAUUCCCACUAUGGGUUGA